GUGUGUGUCUUGCGCCCGCUUCUGCUGCUGACCCGGACCAUCCCGAUCCCCGUGAGGUGGAAUACUUCAGUAUCCUCGACAACAAAGUAGCCACCAAGACCUACUGGGAGAAUCGCAUGUUGGCCACGAUGGACGAAGGCGGAUGGGAGAGUGUUGCCAACGUCCGUUUCCACGUACCUGGAGUCACGCCGGUGGUCCAGGAGGAGGAAUCUCCCUGCACGGUGACGCCGCCCCUAGAAUUCAUCCCUGCCCCGCCGCCGCAGUUCGACAACUCCCCUGCAGAGUCGGAGGAGUCCAACCCGCCGUCCCUGGAGGCUCCGGCUAAGCUCAAGGGCGCCCCCCCGGAGAGAGAGGAGGAGCGCCCCGCCAAGCAGUACGUGUAUGGGGUGUCCGAGGCUGGUCCGAAGCAGAAGACCGGCCGCCCUGCCCGCAUCGUCGAGACAGUGGCCAAGAAGCCCCCGUCGCAGGAGAACGUGAUCGAGGCCGAGAUCCGCGCCCAGCAGCAGAAGGAGGAGGAGCUGCGGCGCGAGGGCUGCCUCAAGAACGCGGUGGUGCGUGAGAAGGGCGCCUCGUCCCCGGCCAGCCACGACUCGGACGAAGGCUUCGUGGACCGCCUGGCUGAGGACGUGACCACGACGCCCACUAAUGGCUUCACCCACGCCAUCCCCGGCAACGAUGGGGAGCCGGUGAUCUACGACGCCGUCAGCCCGCCACCGGAGUACUUCGGCAGCAGCACGCCCACGCCCUCAAACACCACCGAGACGAAGAUCGCCCUCGAGAUCCGCGAGUUGAGGGAGCGCGAGGACGAGCUCAGAAGGAUGCGCGAGAUGUCCACCUCGAGGGAGAACUUCCUUGACGACGACGAGGUGCGGAGCUCGGCCUCCAGGGACCAGCUCCUCGAGGACCACCUGACCUCCCUCACGACCACUACUGACGAAGGGAACUUCUCCGAGUGCGGCGACCCGGCUUCCUCGGAGGACAAGAGCAGCGACGGAUCCAACAGCCGCAUCAUGUCCCCCGAACUCAUGCACCCGGGAACACACUUGGACUUCGGUCGCAGGAAGGUCACCGUCAAACCCUUUGAGGACGAGGAGGAGGACCAGCCAGUCUACACAAGGAUGCAGAAGGAGUCUGUGAUCGAGAGGGAGAUCCGCCUCGCCAGGGAAAGAGAGGAGGCGUACCGCAGGGAGAAGGGCCUCACCAAUGCCCCCGUCAGCGCCGCCCCCAGCCGCCCCGCCGCACAGCCCGCUGUCGCACGCCCAUCCGCGGUCGUGACGGAUUGCCGCAGGGGCGUCCAGCGCCUUGCCACCAACAGGAUCCAGCAGGAGAUCCAGGAGACGAGCCAGAAGGAGAAGGAGCUCAGGGAUGCUGGCAAGAUCUUGACUAUGUCUGAGGAGACAGUCGAUGCCAAGGUGACCCGUAUGUCAGACUUCACGGAGGUGAGCGAGAGCCCCCGCCUCCGCCCCUCCUCCUCCAGCAGACCUGCAGGCUUCAGCACGCCCGUGACGAAGCGCAGUCCUUCCCCCCGCAGCCCCUCCUCCCCCGUGCCCAACUUUACCCCCUCCCCCGCCAGGGGCCUGACCAAGAGCCUCUCUCACCCACGUGGCAUCCACAUCCCGGGGCGUCCCCACCAGACCCAUGAGAGUGGAACCAAAGACUGCAGUUGUACAGAGGGAGACGCUCGCACGGAUGAGGACAGAGCCAUCAGACGCCGUCGAUGAACCUCUCAGACAGCAGAAUAACCAGGUUUAUCGCCGGACUCACUGCACAGCGGAGGAGAAGAUCCAGUCAGAGCUGAGAGAAAUGCAGAUGAGAGAAGAGGAAUUGAGACGUCUAAGGGCCCGCCAACUCGCACAGUCCCAGCCCAACCUAGCGGGUCUCGGAGCUGACGACCACGAGGAGACCGACCUUCAGGACCACAUGUACACGCACGAGGUCAAUGGUCUUCGCUCGGUCCUCUCCAAUCCUAAUCUUCUAGAGGACGAGCCAGAGCAGACACAGGCCUCGGACAAGAUGGUGAGGAGGCGCAGCGCCCUGAUUGCCCAGUGGGAGAACCGAAUCCAGCAGACCAGUGACACCUGAGCCCACCUCCCAGAAAGCAUUUGGUGCUUGUCUCAGCAAGUUAAGCCAUAUGCAGACAGCCGGCCAGCUUGUCCUUGGCAGCCAUAAGCGCAGCCAAUUCAGCACUACAUAGCUUAUUUGACUCCUUAUCAUACAUUUGUCAGAAAGGCCGUACCUUGCUGUUGAAUUCCUAAGAUAUUUAGGCCUUGAUUGCUGCCAGGGUAGUAAAUUGUUAUAUAGUACAUACAAACUGUUAAGCAUGUUGCGCGGCUGCUGUGGCCAUUCUUGUGAUUAUAGUGUGAUAUAGUAUUCUUUAAUGUAUAAGUAAACUGCUUUCUACUAUGAUAACCUCAGCUAGCAGGGGGGGUGGGAAAAGGUGAUUAAUUAGAUAGGUAUCAAGACCCAGUCAUGGUACAGGAGCGCGUGCCACCCACUGUAAUUUCUUGGCUUCUGUGAAGGAUACAUACAUCCCAGAUUACAGUGCUUCCUAUUAAAUAAAACUGUAAUUAUUUACCGUACAUGGCAUAAGUGUGCUUUCUAGUUGUGGACAUGAGCCACAGGUAGAAUAAUAAUUUAUGUGACAGGACUAGGGAGCCUUUCUAGUGUUUUUUGUACAUAUGUAGAAUAUGCAAUAUGUUAUAUUUAGUACUUAAUCCUAUAGAAGCAUAUACGUUAUGCUGAUUGAGCUGCAUAAUUUAAUUGUUGAAUAAUAACCCUUUGUAUGUUAUUUUAGGAAUAACGUAGAUUAAGGUGGACAUAUUACCUUAUGGCGAGUCUGCAGGCAGGAUGAUCAUGUGGCUGCCUUAAGCCUAGCUGUAUCUCUUUGCACAAAUAAAAGCUUAUAACUAAA